UUGAAAGCGUUUGAAAACGCAGCUAGGGCAUUUCAAAAAUUACCAUUCCGGCCACCAUUUUCACCGACAUUCGUCUCCCAUUCGCCGGCAUCGUCCUCAUCCAUUGUUGUGUCGGCAAGAGUCGUUCGAUUGAGAGUACCAGAGACAGAGGAGACACAACAGUUUAUGGCUCAGCAGAGCAACCUAUCAAAUAUGCAUCAGCAACAGUUGGGCCCUCAAAGUAGUGUAACUGGAUUGCAGCAACAGCAGCAGCUGCUUGGUAGCCAGACUGGGAACUCAAGCAUGCAAACUAAUCAGCACUCAAUGCACAUGCUGCAACAAUCAAAGGCUCCAGGGCAGCAACAACCUCAGCAGAGUGCAUCUACUCUGUUACCAACUCAGGGACAGCAGUCACAACCACAACAAUCACAGCAGCAAUUAUUGUCGCAGAUUCAAUCACAGGCCCCACAAAUGCAGCAGCAGUUAGGUUUGCAGCAGCAGCCAAAUCCACUACAACGGGACAUGCCACAAAGGCUUCAGCCAUCAGGUCAAGGUCCAGGAUCCUUGCUUCAACAGCAGAAUGUAAUUGAUCAGCAAAAGCAGUUAUAUCAAUCACAAAGAGCUCUUCCAGAGAUGUCAUCAACGUCUCUAGAUUCAACGGCCCAGACAGGACAUGCAAGUGGGGGUGAUUGGAAAGAGGAAGUCUAUCAAAAGAUCAAGAGCUUGAAGGACUUGUAUUUUGCUGAUAUGAAUGAAAUGUCCCAGAAAAUUGCUCUUAAAUUGCAGCAGCAUGAUUCCCUUCAACAACCCAAAACAGAGCAGGGUCACAAGGAUAAAUUGCCUUUGUAUGAGAAGCAGAUAGUAAGUUUUGUCGCUUCAAAUAGGCCCAGGAGACCUGCUUCUUCAUUGCAGCAAGGACAGCUUGACAACAAUAAUUGGAGGCCUAUUCAAAGCGGAGAACCAACAAUGGACACAAGUGAUUGGAGGUCUCAGUUGCAGCCAGAUUCACGUCAAAAAAUUAUCAACAAGAUGUAUGUGCGUUUUGAGAAAAUUUGACUUCAUAUUUUAAGG